GGAUGCUUCCUGGACAGGCCUCCACAGGCUGCUCCCCUCGGCAGGCAGCGCACCCACCUGAUCCCGCCAGGGCAGAAGGAACCCAAGAACAGGAUGAGGGCUGUUUUGCAGACCCCUCCUCAGCGCGUGCUGCAGCUCACUCUCGCCCUGGUCAAACCAGAUGCCGUGGCUCACCCCCUCUUCCUCAAGGCUGUGCAUGAGACAAUCCUGAACAACAGAUUCUUGAUUGUCAGGAGCAAGGAUCUGCUGUGGAGCAGGCAGGACAGCCAGCGCUUCUACCAGGAGCACUCAGGGCGUUUUUUCUACCAGAGGCUGGUGGAGUUCAUGGCCAGCGGCCCCAUGAGGGCUUACAUCCUGGCCCACAAAGAAGCCAUCCCACUCUGGAGAUCUCUGAUGGGCCCCACCAAGGUAUUUCGUGCCCAGCACACGGACCCGGAGUCCAUCCGGGGGACAUUUGGCCUCACCGACACCCGGAACACUGUGCACGGCUCAGAUUCAGCAGCAUCAGCCAGCCGGGAAAUUGCCUUCUUCUUCCCAGAUUUCAGCGAAGAGGACUGGUACGAGCACGAGGAGCCGCAGCUGCGCAAUGGGCCGGCUUGCUGUGAUGCCAAGGAGGUCAUUCGCCAUAGGCCCAAAGACGGCUGGACAGAGGCAGACUGAAGGCACGCAGGGGGCCCUGGUGUCAGGGGGCACGCACAGGGGCCUGCUUCUUGAGAUGGCAGCUGUUAUAAUUUUCCCUCGUAAGGAAGAGGCUCCAGCCCCUGGAUCAUUUUAGUUGCCCUUUCCUGGCAACUAAAUUCAAGAAGCAUCAUGAACUCCAACAAAAUUAUUUGGACUGAGAGAUUAAAACACACACCCAGGAACAAGAGGAAACCCCCCGAAAUGCACAAACACAGUAUAGCUGUCUUAAGGCUGCCAGAAUGUAUAUUCUAUGGCAUCACUGCCCUUAUAAAUGACAACUUCACCUGACUCAUCCUAGGAUGAUUUCUUUUAUUUUGGAAACACUGGUGAACACUUUGAUUUGAUUUAUUAGAUUUAUAUACCGCCCCAUAGCCAAAGCUCUCUGGGUGGUUUACAGAAGUUAAAAAACAGUGAACAUUAAAAAGUAUACAGAAUUUAAAACCAUCAAAAACAUAAACAGUAUAAAAACAACGGAGUCCAUUUAACAACAGUUCUGGGGUCUGUUAAAAAAACAAUUUUAGCGUUGUUGUAUGCUGUUAAAUGCCUGGGAAAAUAGAAAAGUCUUGACCUGGUGCUGAAAAGAUAACAAUGUUGGCUCCAGGCGAGCCUCAUCGGGGAGAUCAUUCCAUAAUUGGGGGGCCACCACUGAGAAGGCCCUCUCCCUUGUUGCCAUCCUCCGAGCUUCCCUCGGAGUAGGCACUCGGAGGAGGACCUUAGAUGUUGAGCACAGUGUAUGGGUAGGUUCAUGUCGGGAGAGGCGUUCCAUCAGGUAUUGUGGUCUAGAACCUGGUGCCCUCCAGAUGUUUUGGACCGCAACCCCAGGAUUCUCGAUCGUUGGCCAUGGUGGCAGGGGCUGAUUGGAGUUGGAAGUCCUAAACAUCUGAAGGGCACCAGGUUGGGGAAGGCAGUGGAGCCUGUGGAGAGUGCCUUUAGUGGUGGAAGGAGAAAUGAUGACGCUUCUCCAGUUCUAGAGGAGCCAGGACUACACACUUUGCCUUUCACAUUGUUAUCAGCCACUUUUUACAUCAGCCAACAACAGAACAUUUGCAUGGCUUGAAUUCCGAACGACAGCAAUGUCUUCUGGAAUUGCAAAUUUCUUCUUGAACUGUACGUUUUGUGUAUGAUGACACAUUUUUAAAAAGCCCCGAUAGCAUCAGGUAACAGGUCUGUCGUUUCUGGUGGAUUGGGGGACAGAGCAUUGCUGAAAGCCUGGGCACCACUGCUGCCAAGGCAGGUAGAUCUGCUCAGCUUGCCUCCUGCAAUAUGGGUUCGAUAACGAUGAACUUCAUCUGCACACAUCGUCAAGGUCAUUUUUAAAAUGUUUAUGAA